AUGUCAAUUAGCUCUCGAAUGGCUAAAGUCACCUACAGAAGCAGACCAACCCAGCCUUCUGUGACUGUGGAGACACUCAAAGAAAUGCAGCAAAAGUUAAAAGAGGAGCGUGAGGCUAAGCGUGCUCAGCUGGAUGGAAGACAUGACUAUAUCCUCAGUAUUGUGGCCUCAUGUCUGGGACUGGAGAAAGCUGAUGUGGAAGAUGCCAUACUGGAGGGGAAUCAGAUUGACCGAAUGGAGCAAUUCUUUGCAGCAAAUGGUCUUCCACAUCUCAUGUUGUACUAUCAGGACACUGAGUCAACUCAAGGAGCAGCUUCACCCUCUGCUACCACUGUCCUUGCUUCUCAGCAGCCUGGUCAAAGACACAAGGCUAAAGUGUUUGUGACAGAUGGGAGGGAUGUUGCAUUGACCGGAGUUUGUGUCUUCUUCACCAGAGCCAACACAUUAAAAGCAAUAACCUCUGAGAGCAUACACAGAGAUGUGAAUUUCAAUAUGUUGGAUACAACUGAAGUGGGUCUGUUAAAAAGUGUGGAGCAGUUGCUCUCUGAGAUCUUUAUCCCCACGCUGAGGAAGAUGAACCAUGGCUGGGGAGAACUGGCCAGUCCCCAAGCCCAGGCUGUCAAACAGGACUUCAUAUCUUCACUUGAAAGUUUUGUGUCUGUUCUGGCUGGAGCACAGGACAGCCUACAAGAAAGGGUCACUUUGAAAGAGUGUGACACAUUUGACUUGCGGGUGCUGAAAGGCCCAGGAGACUACAUGGCAGCAGCCAACAGCACAGAAACCACAGAAAAAGUAGAAGCCUGCAUGAAAGUGUGGAUCAAACAGAUAGAACAGGUUCUAGCUGAGAGUGACCAGCUUAGAAAGGAAGCCGAUGACCUCGGCCCUCGGGCUGAGCUAGACCACUGGAAAAAACGGAUGUCCCGCUUUAACUAUCUUCUGGACCAGCUGAAAAGUCCUGAUGUCAGGGCUGCCCUGGGUGUACUCUUGAUGGCCAAAUCUAAGCUCAUUAAGUCGUGGCGGGAACUUGACACAAGGAUUACUGAUGCAGCCAAUGAGGCCAAAGAUAAUGUCAAGUACCUCUACAGCCUGGAGAAGUUUUGUGAUCCUCUAUACAACAGUGACCCUGUGUCAAUGGUGAAUGCAAUCCCAGGUUUGAUCAAUGCCAUCAGGAUGAUUCAUAGUAUUUCUCGAUACUACAACACAUCAGAAAAAAUAACAUCCCUUUUUGUCAAGGUGACAAACCAGAUGAUCACAGCUUGCAAAGCCUAUAUUACUAAUAAUGGAUCUAAUUCAAUAUGGGACCAACCUCAGCAAGUUGUUACUGACAAAAUCAAAGCUGCCAUCCAUUUAAAUCAGGAGUAUCAACAGUGUUUCCAUAAAACAAAGAAGAAGCUGGAACAAAAUCCCACAGAGAGACAGUUUGACUUCAGUGAGAUGUACAUUUUUGGGAAGUUUGACACGUUCCAGCAGCGUCUCAGUAAGAUCCUGGAAAUGUUCAACACCAUUUCCACCUACUCUGCACUACAGGACUCUAAGAUUGAAGGACUGGAAACCAUUGCCACCAAGUUUCAGGCUAUAAUGCUGAACGUGAAGAAAAAGCACUACAGUUUCCUAGACCACAGAAGAACUGACUUUGAUGUUGACUAUGAGGAUUUUUGCAAAAGCACCUCAGAGCUUCAUAAUCAGCUGAAGAGUUUCAUGGAUAGCACCUUUGAAAAGAUUCAAAAUACUGAAAGAGCAUUAAAUGUGCUGAAGAAAUUUGAAAGAUUGGGAAUCCCUGAUCUUGACAUUGACGAGAAGUAUCAGCGCAUUCUGCAGAAUUAUGGUCGGGACAUUGAAAUGGUUUCCCGCAUCUACGUGAAACAGAAGGCAGAACCUCCCACUGGCAGGGAUAUGCCUCCAGUGGCAGGCCGGAUCAUGUGGUCACGGCAGCUGUACAAACGAAUCCAGGGUCCAAUGGAUCUCUUUCAACAGCAUCCAGGUGUUCUUUCCACACCAGAAGCUAAGAGGAUUAUUAAGAACUUUAACCGGGUAGCAAGAGUCCUGUUGGAGUAUGAGAUGCUCUACCAUCACAACUGGAUGACAAAAAUGGAGGACGCCAGGGUUGGCCUGCAAGCCUGUCUUUUGAUACGGUCCCAAGAGACAGGGGAGCUGAUGGUGAACUUUGACCCAGAGAUUCAGACCCAGAUAAGGGAGACAAACUGCAUGACACGAAUGAAUUUGGAGAUCCCUCCCUUUGCUGCUCUGCUGCAGCAAAAACAGGAAACUCUGAAAAAGAACUACAACAAAUUACAGCUCAUGUUGAACGAAAACAUCAGAGUACGCGCCAAGAUUCAGACCGUCUUUGAACAGCUGGCCAUGCCGCAUGUUGCUAAGGUGGAUGAAGCUAUACAGCCAGGUUUGAUCUCCCUCAGCUGGACAUCUCUGAACAUAGACAACUAUCUCAGCUGCAUCGACAAAGCAUUGGUUGACCUGGAGCUAUUGAUGGACAGAGUGAAUGACCUGGUGGAGUUUCGGAUUGAUGCCGUACUGCGGGAAAUGAGUGUAUCUACACUGUGUGUUCUGCCAGAGGAUGAACCAAUAACCUGUGAGGAAUUUGUUCAAACCACCAAGGAGCUGUGCAUAAAACAAGCCCAGAAUCUAAAUAUUAAGAGUGCACUAGUAGAGGAGGCUGCAAAUGAACUGAUCAACAUGCUGAUGGAGUUUGACCACAGUCAAAAAAAGGAGGAGGAAAAGGAAAAGGUUGAGGAAGAAAGCUGCACUGAGAGCAAGACCAUAGACCACCUUGACAGUGAAGGUGAAGAUGAGUGCCACUCAGAAAGUCGUCUCUUCUCAAGAAAUACAUUGCUCCCUCCUGCUAGUGUUGGCCCUUCCUCCCCUUUGGUGAGAAGGAAGAAGAAAAGAGAUCUGAUGGAAGUGAUGGAGGAGGAAGCCCAGGAGCUGCUCUCCUACUUCAAUCACCGAAAUGUGGAUGCCUUGCUCAGAGUGACACGCAACACCCUAGAGAUGCUGCGCAAGCGCAUACAUACAUCCUCACUCUCACAUUUCUUGGGUGAGAAUGAUUCAACCAGCUGUGGAAAAAGCAGUAGUCAGCAGGCCAUCUUCCGAGUCAAUGUGACCCUUGCCAUACCUAACAUUGCUAUGGUUCCAGCCCUGGAGGAGGUCCAGUUGGCUCUAAACCGGGUUGUAGAGUGCGUGGUCAGUGUCAGCAAAGGAGUAAGCCAGUGGAGUAAAGAAAGAAUCUCCAAGAGAAAAAUGAAUGAAAGACGGAUGGCAGCUCUGAAACAAGACAGUUCUGAGAGUGAAUCAGAAGAUGGAGCAACAACACACAGGAGCUUGGCUGAUGGCAGCAUCUCAGACAUUUCAGCAUCUGUGAUCCAAGCCAUCCCAUUCCAAGCCAGAAAUUACUUCAAGAGUGUGUCUGAGAACAAGGAAAUUGUCAAGUUGGUUUCUGUUCUCAGUACUUCUAUCACCUCCACCAAAAAGGAAGUGGUUACUGCUUUAGAGCGUUUUAGUCAUUACCAUCACAUCUGGAGAAAAGACCGUGAAGACACGAUGCAGAGAUUCAUCCAAGGGAAUCCCUUGCUGUCAGAGUUUGAGAGCCAGAUCCUUUUCUAUCGAGAUCUCAAGCUGGAAAUAAACUCUGAACCGGAGUAUAUUACUGUAGGAGCUUUGGCUUUUUUCACAGCAUCCCUGAAGAUGUCCCUCACUGCUGAAACUAAAAACUGGAUGGUGGACUAUGGACUGUUCUGCAACAGGAAAUAUCGCUCAGAGAUGGAAGAAAUCUUUGCUUUUGUUGAUGAAGCAGGAAAGAAACUAAACAGACAGAUCAAAGACCUGGAUGACAUUCGCAUUGCUAUGGCUGCACUCAAGGAGAUCAGAGAGCAGCAGAUAUCUAUUGAUUUCCAAGUUGGACCCAUAGAGGAGUCCUAUGCCAUGCUUCAUAAAUAUGAACUAUCGGUGGCCAAAGAAGAGGUUGAUAAGGUGGAUACUCUGCGUUAUACCUGGGAAAAGCUUCUGUCCCGGACUACAGAGGUACAGAAUGAACUUGUUGCUUUGCAGCCAAACUUCCGAGGAGAGCUGGUUAGCAAUGUGGAGACUUUCCAGGAGGACUGCCAACACUUUUACCAGGAUUAUGAGAAGGAUGGACCUAUGGUGGUGGGGCUAGCUCCCCAGGAUGCCAGUGACAGACUAAUCAUGUUCCAGAAUCGAUUUGACAAUCUGUUCAGGAAGUACAUCACUUACACUGGUGGAGAGGAGCUGUUUGGACUUCCUGUUACCCAGCAUCCUCAGCUGUUGGAAAUAAGAAAGCAACUGGCUCUGCUGCAAAAGCUGUAUGGCCUUUACAACAGUGUCAUCGAAACAGUUAAUGGUUACUAUGACAUCCUCUGGGCUGACAUUCACAUUGAGAAGAUCAAUAAUGAGCUGCUAGAUUUUCAAACAAGAUGUCGCAAGCUGCCCCGUGCUCUGAAGGAGUGGCAGGCCUUUCUGGACCUGAAGAAAACCAUUGAUGAAUUCAGUGAGUGCUGCCCCCUGUUGGAACUCAUGACUAACAAAGCUAUGAUGACGCGACACUGGAAGCGAAUUACUGAGGUGACUGGGCAUACCUUUGAGGUGGAAACUGAGACUUUCAAGUUACGUAACAUUAUGGAGGCACCUUUGCUAAAAAAUAAAGAAGAGAUUGAGGAUAUCUGCAUCAGUGCUGUAAAAGAGCGGGAUAUUGAACAGAAGCUGAAGCAAGUGAUCGCCGAGUGGGACAACAAAACCUUUACAUUUGCCAAUUUUAAGACCCGCGGAGAGCUGCUGCUGAGAGGAGACAGCACAUCAGAAAUCAUUGCCAGCAUGGAGGACAGCCUGAUGAUUUUGGGGUCUCUCAUGAGUAACAGGUACAACACUCCAUUCAAAGCCCAGAUCCAGAAGUGGGUUCAGAACCUUUCCAACACCACUGAUAUUAUUGAACACUGGAUGACUGUACAGAAUCUUUGGAUCUAUCUGGAGGCUGUUUUUGUAGGCGGAGACAUUGCCAAACAGCUACCUAAGGAAGCAAAGCGUUUCUCAAACAUUGAUAAAUCCUGGGUGAAGAUCAUGAUGCGUGCCCAUGAAAUGCCCAAUGUUGUGCAGUCGUGUGUGGGAGAUGAGACCAUGGGACAGCUGCUUCCUCACCUACUUGAACAGCUGGAGAUCUGCCAGAAGUCACUUACAGGCUAUUUGGAAAAGAAGCGUCUCUUGUUCCCACGUUUCUUCUUUGUGUCUGACCCUGCCUUGCUGGAGAUCCUUGGCCAGGCCUCUGACUCUCACACCAUCCAGGCCCACCUUCUCAACGUCUUUGACAACAUCAAAUGUGUCCGAUUCCAUGACAAGGUGUAUGAUCGUAUCUUGGCUGUGACUUCACGAGAGGGGGAGACCGUGGAACUGGAGCGUCCUGUCACAGCAGAAGGGAAUGUGGAGGUGUGGCUGAAUGCUCUGCUGAAAGAAUCCCAGCGGUCUUUGCACUUGGUGAUCCGACAGGCUGCUUUGACUAUCCAGGACUCUGGCUUCCAGCUCAUUGACUUCCUAAACUCCUUCCCUGCUCAAGUGGGCUUGCUUGGUAUUCAGAUGAUAUGGACAAGAGACUCCGAGGAGGCUCUUACGAAUGCUCGGUAUGAUCGCCGCAUCAUGCCUAAAACCAAUCAGCUCUUCCUAGAUCUGCUUAACACACUGAUUGACAUGACCACAAGAGAUCUAGAGGCUGUGGAGCGGACCAAGUAUGAGACCCUCAUUACCAUACAUGUCCACCAGAGGGACAUAUUUGAUGAUUUGUGCCGGUUGCAUGUCAAAAGCCCUAAUGACUUUGAGUGGCUGAAGCAGUGCCGUUUCUACUUCAAUGAGGACUCAGACAGGAUGAUCAUCAACAUCACAGAUGUGGGCUUUGUCUACCAGAAUGAAUUCUUGGGCUGCACAGAAAGACUUGUCAUUACACCUUUGACUGACAGAUGCUACAUCACCUUAGCCCAGGCACUUGGCAUGAGUAUGGGUGGAGCUCCUGCUGGUCCUGCAGGAACAGGAAAGACUGAGACCACAAAAGACAUGGGUCGCUGUCUGGGAAAAUAUGUUGUGGUGUUCAACUGUUCUGACCAGAUGGACUUCAGAGGAUUGGGAAGAAUAUUCAAAGGUUUGGCUCAGUCUGGCUCCUGGGGCUGUUUUGAUGAAUUCAAUCGCAUUGACCUCCCAGUACUGUCAGUGGCAGCCCAGCAGAUUGCCAUCGUUCUUACUUGCAAGAAGGAACGUCGCAAAAACUUUGUCUUCACUGAUGGAGACAAUGUUGAAAUGAAUCCAGAGUUUGGUAUCUUCCUUACGAUGAACCCAGGUUAUGCAGGCCGCCAGGAGCUUCCUGAAAACCUGAAGAUUAAUUUCCGCUCUGUAGCCAUGAUGGUCCCUGACCGUCAGAUCAUUAUCAGGGUAAAGCUGGCCAGUUGUGGGUUCAUAGACAACAUGGAGUUGGCUCGAAAGUUUUUCACCCUUUACAAACUGUGUGAGGAGCAACUCUCCAAACAGGUUCACUAUGACUUUGGCCUGAGGAAUAUUUUGUCAGUUCUCCGAACUCUGGGAGCAGCUAAACGAGCCAACCCCAGUGACACAGAGUCCACCAUCGUCAUGAGGGUUCUAAGAGACAUGAACCUUUCCAAACUGAUCGAUGAGGAUGAGCCACUUUUCCUGAGUUUGAUUGAGGACCUUUUCCCAGGCAUCCAACUGGAUAAAGCAGGAUACCCUGAUCUAGAGGCUUCUAUCGACAAACAGGUUGAGGAUGCAGGUCUGAUCAUCCACCCUCCCUGGAAACUAAAGGUCAUCCAGCUGUUUGAAACUCAGAGGGUCCGACAUGGCAUGAUGGCCCUGGGGCCCAGUGGGGCCGGAAAGACAACUUGUAUACACACACUGAUGAGAGCAAUGACAGAGUGUGGUCAACCCCACAGAGAGAUGCGCAUGAACCCCAAAGCAAUCACUGCACCUCAGAUGUUUGGCCGGCUGGAUGUAGCCACAAAUGACUGGACCGACGGCAUCUUCUCUACACUUUGGAGGAAAACACUCAGAGCAAAGAAAGGAGAGCACAUCUGGAUUGUUCUGGAUGGACCUGUUGAUGCCAUUUGGAUUGAAAACCUAAAUUCAGUUUUGGAUGACAACAGAACUCUCACACUUGCAAAUGGAGACCGUAUACCCAUGGCCCCCAACUGUAAGGUUGUUUUUGAGCCACAUAACAUUGACAAUGCCUCACCGGCCACUGUGUCACGCAAUGGCAUGGUGUUCAUGAGCUCUUCUGUGCUCAGUUGGAGCCCCAUACUGGAGGGCUGGUUAAAGAAACGCUCUCCUCAGGAAGCAGAGGUACUGAGGCAGCUCUUCUCCUCCUCCUUCUCUGAGGUGUACCGCUUCAGUGUUCAGUCUUUAGACUUCAAGAUGGACAUGCUAGAGGCCUUUGUCAUCAUGCAGUGCAUAAACAUGCUGCAGGGACUCAUUCCAUCAAAGGAGCAGAGCGGUGAGUUAUCUAGACAGCACCUGGAGCGACUGUAUGUCUUCGCCCUCAUGUGGAGCGCUGGCUCCUUACUCGAGCUGGACGACCGGAGGAAGAUGGAGUUUUGGCUCAGAGGAAAUGACAGUAUCUGUCUAAAUUUGCCAGACAUUCCUCCUGAUAGCAAGGAUACCAUGUUUGACUAUCAUGUCACAGCAGAUGGCCAUUGGGUCCACUGGAACACCAGAGUUGAAGAAUAUGUCUAUCCAUCUGACUUUACCCCAGAGUACAGCUCCAUCUUGGUCCCCAAUGUUGACAAUGUUAGAACAGACUUCCUAAUUCAAACCAUUGCCAAGCAAGGCAAGUCUGUUUUACUGAUUGGAGAACAAGGAACAGCCAAAACUGUUAUCAUCAAGGGUUACAUGUCAAAAUAUGACCCUGAGACCCACAUCGGCAAGAGUCUUAACUUCUCUUCUGCUACCACUCCUCUCAUGUUUCAGAGGACAGUAGAGAGCUAUGUGGACAAGAGGAUGGGGACCACUUAUGGCCCUCCUGCUGGGAAGAAAAUGUCCAUUUUUAUAGAUGAUAUUAAUAUGCCUGUCAUCAAUGAGUGGGGAGACCAGGUAACUAAUGAGAUUGUAAGGCAGCUGAUGGAGCAGAAUGGGUUUUUCAACCUGGAGAAACCAGGAGAGUUCACCAAUAUAAUUGAUGUUCAGUUCCUGGGAGCUAUGAUUCAUCCAGGAGGAGGCCGUAAUGACAUUCCCCAGAGACUAAAAAGGCAGUUCUCGAUUUUUAACUGUACCCUGCCUUCCAAUGCCUCCAUUGAUAAAAUAUUUGGUGUGAUUGGUGAAGGCCACUUCUGUGCACGUCGUGGUUUUAUUGAGGAAGUUCAAAGCACUGUUCCUCAUUUGGUGUCUUUGACUCGCCAACUCUGGCAGCUGACCAAGCUCAAGAUGCUUCCAACACCUGCAAAGUUUCAUUACAUCUUCAACCUGAGGGAUCUGUCCAGAGUCUGGCAAGGCAUGCUCAUCACCACUGCUGAGGUGGUGAACUCUGUCCAGGUGUUGCUGGCUCUCUGGAAGCACGAGUGCAAACGUGUGAUAGCUGAUAGAUUUACAGUGCCUGAUGACGUGGAGUGGUUUGACCAAGCCCUGGCAAAACUGGUGGAAGAGGAACUCGGAGAGGAGUAUAAGAAUAUUGUGGACUUUGGAGUAGAAACAUACUUUGUUGACUUCUUACAAGAUGCCCCUGAAGCUACAGGAGAAGAGCCAGAAGAUUUGGAUUUUGAUUUGCCCAAAGUGUACGAGCCUAUUGAAUCGUUUGAGAGUUUAAAGGAACGCCUGAACAUGUUCCUGUGCCAUUACAAUGAGAGCAUCAGGGGUACUGGCAUGGACAUGGUCUUCUUUCAGGAUGCAAUGAUACAUCUGAUCAAGGUGUCAAGAAUAAUCCGUACACCCGGAGGUAAUGCCUUGUUGGUGGGUGUUGGGGGUUCAGGCAAACAGAGCCUGACUAGACUGGCUGCAUUCAUAGCUGGAUACAAGAUCUUUCAGAUCACUCUCACACGCUCAUACAACACAGCCAACUUGAUGGACGACUUGAGAGGUUUGUACAGAACAGCCGGCAAGCAGGGAAAGGGCAUCAGCUUCAUCUUUACUGACAACGAAAUCAAAGACGAAUCCUUCCUAGAGUACAUGAACAAUGUACUGUCAUCAGGAGAGGUGUCCAGCUUAUUUGCUCGUGAUGAGAUUGAUGAGAUCCUCAGUGAUCUUAUCCCUGUCAUGCGGCGAGAGUUUCCUAAGCGACCACCCACCAAUGAAAAACUGUAUGAGUAUUUCAUGUCCCGAGUUCGGCAUAAUCUCCAUGUUGUGCUGUGCUUUUCUCCUGUUGGGGAAAAGUUCAGAAAUCGGGCUUUGAAAUUUCCAGCACUGAUAUCUGGUUGCACCAUGGACUGGUUCAGCCGCUGGCCAAAAGAUGCACUUGUUGCAGUUUCGGAGCACUUCUUAUCUGUCUACGACAUAGACUGCUCCCCUCAGGUCAAAAAGGAGGUGGUCCAGUGCAUGGGCUCCUUCCAGGAUGGUGUAGCCGAGAAGUGUGUGGAAUAUUUCCAAAGAUACCGGCGCUCCACCCACGUCACCCCCAAGUCCUACCUGUCCUUCAUUCAGGGCUACAAGACCAUCUAUAAAGAGAAAAGGUCUGAAGUCCAGACACUGGCCAACAGGAUGAAUACCGGUCUCAAAAAGUUGAAGGAGGCAUCAGAGUCUGUAGCAGCUCUCAGCAAAGAGCUGGAGGUGAAAGAGAAGGAGCUUCAAGUUGCCAAUGACAAAGCUGAUAUGGUGCUGAAGGAGGUGACAGUAAAAGCCCAGGCAGCCGAGCGGGUGAAGGUAGAGGUGCAAAAAGUAAAAGACAAAGCCCAGGCCAUAGUAGACAGUAUUUCAGCUGACAAAGCCAUUGCUGAGGAGAAACUCGAAGCCGCCCGGCCGGCUCUUGAGGAGGCAGAGGCUGCUCUGCAAACUAUCAAGCCAUCAGACAUCGCCACAGUGCGAACACUUGGCCGACCCCCCCACCUGAUCAUGCGAAUCAUGGACUGCGUGCUACUGCUCUUCCAGAGGCGGGUUAAUGCUGUGAAAAUCGAUCCAGAGAAAAACUGCAACACUCCAUCCUGGCAGGAGUCUCUAAAACUCAUGACAGCUGGAAACUUCCUGGGUAGCUUACAGCAAUUCCCCAAAGACACCAUUAAUGAAGAAAUGGUGGAGCUGCUGCAGCCCUAUUUCGAAAUGCCAGACUACAACAUUGAAACAGCCAAGAGGGUGUGUGGCAACGUAGCUGGCCUUGCAUCCUGGACCAAAGCAAUGGCCUCAUUCUUCUCCAUCAACAAGGAAGUCUUGCCCUUAAAGGCUAACCUUGCAGUGCAGGAAAAUCGUCUGGCCAUAGCUAACGUUGACCUUCAGAAAGCUCGGGCGGAACUGGAUGCCAAGCAGGCAGAGCUGGAUGUGGUACAGGUGGAGUAUGAGAAGGCCAUGAUGGAGAAACAGACACUGAUGGAGGAUGCUGAGCGCUGCAGGCACAAGAUGCAGACAGCAUCCAGUCUCAUCAGCGGCCUUGCUGGUGAGAAGGAGAGAUGGACAGAACAGAGCAAAGAGUUUGCUGCCCAAACCAAACGACUUGUGGGAGAUGUUCUUCUGGCCACAGCAUUUCUUUCUUACUGUGGGCCCUUUAAUCAGGAGUUUCGGAAUCUCAUGCUGAGCGACUGGCAGCGGGAGUUGAAGCAGCGUUUCAUCCCAUUUGGCAGCAAUCUCAAUCUGACUGAGCUGCUCAUUGAUGCACCCACUGUUAGUGAGUGGAACCUCCAGGGGCUUCCCAAUGAUGACUUAUCAAUUCACAAUGGCAUCAUUGUGACCAAAGCAGCCCGCUUCGCUCUCCUUAUUGACCCACAGACACAGGGGAAAAUCUGGAUUAAGAACAAAGAAUCCAAGAAUGAGUUGCAGAUCACCUCACUGAACCACAAAUACUUCAAGAACCACCUUGAAGAUAGUUUGUCUCUUGGUCGACCCCUUUUAAUUGAAGAUAUAGGGGAGGAGUUGGAUCCUGCGCUCGACAACAUUCUCGAGAAAAACUUCAUCAAAACUGGCUCCACAUACAAGGUGAAAGUUGGUGACAAAGAGGUUGAUGUGAUGAAGGGCUUCAGGCUUUUUAUGACCACCAAGCUUCCUAACCCAGCUUACACUCCUGAAAUCAGUGCCCGCACCUCCAUUAUUGACUUCACUGUUACCAUGAGAGGACUUGAGGACCAGCUGCUGGGCAGAGUGAUCCUUACUGAAAAACAGGAAAUGGAGAAGGAGAGGACAGACCUAUUAGAGGAUGUGACAUACAACAAGAGAAAGAUGAAGGAACUUGAGGACAACCUUCUAUACAGGCUGACCAGCACACAGGGCUCGCUGGUUGAUGAUGAGAGCCUGAUUCUCGUCCUUAGCAACACAAAGCGCACGGCUGAAGAAGUCACUCAGAAACUACAGAUAGCUGCAGAAACAGAGGUCCAGAUCAAUGCUGCAAGAGAGGAGUAUCGGCCUGUGGCCACCAGAGGCAGCAUUCUAUACUUCCUUAUCACUGAAAUGAGUAUGGUCAACGUUAUGUAUCAGACAUCUCUGAGGCAGUUCCUUGGACUUUUUGAUCUUUCUCUGGCCAGAUCCUCCAAGAGCCCAAUCACCAGCAAACGGAUUGCCAGCAUCAUCGAGUUCAUGACCUUUGAGGUGCACAAGUAUGCAGCACGGGGCCUGUAUGAGGAACACAAGUUUCUCUUCACUUUACUUUUGACACUAAAGAUUGACAUGCAGAGCAACAAAGUCAAACAUGAGGAGUUUCUCACACUCAUUAAAGGAGGUGCAUCGUUGGAUCUAAAGGCUUGCCCACAGAAACCAGCCAAAUGGAUCCUGGACAUGACCUGGCUCAAUCUUGUAGAGCUCAGCAAACUGUGGCAGUUCUCUGAUAUACUGGAUCAGAUAAGUCGUAAUGAGAAGCAGUGGAAGUCCUGGUUCGAUAAGGAGGCCCCAGAGGAGGAGGUGGUCCCAAACUCCUACGAUCAGUCUCUUGACUGUUUUAGACGGCUGCUGCUUAUACGCUGCUGGUGUCCUGACAGGACCAUUGCACAGGCCCGUAAAUAUAUAACGGAUGCUAUGGGGGAAAGGUACACUGAAGGGGUAAUUCUUGACUUGGAGAAGAUGUGGCAGGAAUCAGACCCACGAACGCCUCUCAUCUGCUUCCUGUCCAUGGGGUCAGAUCCAACUGACUCUAUCAUCAUGCUGGGGAAGAAACUGAAAAUUGAGACUCGUUAUGUGUCCAUGGGACAAGGACAGGAGGUCCAUGCUCGCAAGCUUCUGCAGCAAACCAUGGCUAAUGGCUGCUGGGCAUUACUCCAGAACUGCCACCUUGGUUUGGACUUCAUGGAUGAGCUGAUGGACAUAGUGACAGAAACUGACUUUGUUAGUGACGGCUUUCGCCUUUGGAUGACCACAGAGGUCCACAAAAACUUCCCCAUCGCGCUCCUACAGAUGUCAAUCAAAUUCACCAAUGAACCACCACAGGGCCUCAAAGCAGGGCUUAAGAGGACAUAUGGAGGUAUAAACCAAGACCUUUUGGAUGUCAGUAACAUGGUCCAGUGGAAGCCAAUGCUGUAUGGCGUAGCAUUUCUCCACAGCACAGUACAGGAGAGGAGGAAGUAUGGCCCACUGGGAUGGAACAUCCCCUACGAGUUUAACCAGGCCGACUUCAACGCUACUGUUCAGUUCGUUCAGAAUCACCUUGAUGACAUGGACAUCAAAAAGGGUGUGUCAUGGACCACGGUUCGAUACAUGAUUGGAGAGAUUCAGUAUGGUGGUCGUGUGACUGACGACUAUGACAAGCGCCUCCUCAACACCUUUGCCAAGGUGUGGUUCAGUGAGGACAUGUUUGGGCCCAGCUUUAACUUCUACAAGGGCUACAGCAUCCCAAAAUGCUCCAGCGUUGACCAGUAUCUGACUUGCAUUCAGAGUCUUCCAGCCUAUGACACUCCAGAGGUGUUUGGUCUGCAUCCCAACGCAGAUAUAACCUUUCAGAGUAAACUGGCUAAGGAUGUUCUGGACACCAUCCUUAGUAUUCAACCAAAAGACAGCUCUUCAGGAGGAGGAGAGACCAGAGAGGCUGCAGUAUCCAAGCUGGCUGAUGACAUGCUAGAGAAACUGCCCCCUGACUAUGUACCCUUUGAAGUGAAAGAGCACCUUCAGAAGAUGGGUCCUUUCCAGCCAAUGAACAUCUUCCUGCGUCAGGAGAUCGAUCGAAUGCAGCGGGUCAUAGUUCUGGUUCGAAAUACCUUGACAGAUCUUAAGUUGGCUAUUGAUGGAACCAUCAUCAUGAGUGAGAACCUGCGGGAUGCCCUGGACUGCAUGUACGAUGCUCGCAUUCCUGCACGUUGGAAGAAGGCAUCAUGGGCCUCCAGUACCCUGGGAUUCUGGUUCACAGAGCUUCUUGAGAGAAACCGACAGUUCCAGGCUUGGAUCUUUGAAGGGCGGCCCAACUGCUUCUGGAUGACAGGCUUCUUCAACCCGCAGGGCUUCCUGACAGCCAUGAGACAGGAGAUCACUCGAGCGAACAAGGGUUGGGCCCUGGACCGCAUGGUGCUGUGCAAUGAGGUCACCAAGUGGAUGAAAGAUGACAUCACCCAACCCCCAGCAGAGGGGGUGUAUGUCUACGGCCUUUACCUGGAGGGAGCUGGCUGGGACCGUCGCAGCUGCAAACUCAUUGAUUCCAAACCCAAAGUCCUUUUUGAGAUGAUGCCCGUAAUCAGGAUCUACGCUGAGAAUAAUGGUGUGAAGGAUUCUCGCCUUUAUUCCUGUCCAAUCUACAAGAAGCCGGUCAGGACAGAUCCGAAUUACAUCGCAGCCGUAGACCUGAAAACAUCUCUUUCUCCAGAACACUGGAUCCUUAGAGGCGUGGCGCUCCUCUGUGAUGUGAAAUGAUUCCUUCAUGCUGCAAACACUGACACAUCAAGACAAUGUAAAAUUCACUCAGCAACCACUUUCAUUUCCCAUUUGGACAUAGUUCGUAUAUGUAGAGACAGUAGGAGGCUAAACGUGUUGAUAGGAUUAUAUGGCAGAAGCAUACUUCAGGAUUUCCUGACAAUCAGGCAAGCUUAAAUUGGCUGAAUAAUUCAAUCCAGGCAGUAAAUAUUUGUUGUGUAGAUAUAUUUUAUAAAAUGUAUUCAGGCACUCAGCCCAAGCUUCAGACUGGAAGUACAUGUUAAAAUGUGCCGGCUGUCUUUGUCUACAUGAGGUCAGAAGAGUCAGGGGCAGCUGCAUUGAGCUGACUAAUGAUUAUAUAUAUAUAUCUUAGAUUCAUUGGUAGUUUCAGUACUUUUUGUCUGGUCUUCAGUUAGAGGUAGCUCUUUAUGUUUGCCACACAACUCAUUAUAUGAUUUGUUUAUUCAUAUUUAACCAUUAGGCUGAAUUAUGUUUUUGUCUCUG